ACCAAAUUACAUUACUUAAGAAUUAAGAUAUACUCCCUAUAGCUAUCAUCCUCUGGAAAAAAAAUGGUGACUGCCAUUUCUUAUGAUCCAAGGCAAAAUCUCAACGUAAGAAACGACCAUCAUCAACAAAAUGGAGUAGUUGUACUCGAAGAGAUUGAAGGUCUUAUAAAAUUUUACAACAAUGGCCACAUCGAAAGACCACAAAUUGUCCCAACUGUCCCACCUUAUUCUCUGCCUCAAGAACUCGGUGUCACAGCCAAAGAUGUCAUUUUACACAAUCCAACCAAUUUAUGGUCGCGAAUUUACCUUCCCAAUACCUUAAUCCCAGCUAAGAAACUGCCUUUACUUGUUUAUUUUCACGGAGGUGGUUUCUGUGUAGGUUCUGCUGCAUGGAAAUGUUACCAUGAUUUCUUAGCAAAUCUUACUUCAAAAAUUGGCUGUGUAAUUAUGUCAGUUAAUUAUCGUUUAGCACCUGAAAAUCGUCUUCCUGCUGCUUAUGACGAUGGAGUCCACGCUAUAACGUGGCUAAAAAAUCAAGCACUAGCCAAUUCCAAGGAACACAAUUGGUGGUCAAGCAAAUGCAGUUUUUCCAACUUGUUCCUUAGUGGUGAUAGUGCUGGUGCUAAUAUUGCUUAUCACGUUGCCACUAGGCUCAAUUCAUAUAAUCUCAAGCCAUUAUCUCUCAAAGGACUUAUCUUAAUCCAACCAUUUUUUGGAGGCGAAUCACGUAUUCACUCUGAGAAAUAUUCAGUUCAGCCUCCAUACUCUGCACUAAACUUACCUGCAUCAGAUACUUACUGGAGACUUGCUUUGCCAGUAGCUUCUAAUCGUGACCAUCCGUGGUGUAAGCCAAGAUUGAGCUAUAAUAUAAGAUUGCCCUCUACAUUGGUUUGUAUUUCGGAGACGGAUUUACUCAAAGAUAGGAAUUUGGAAUUGUGUAGUGCAUUGGCAGAUGCUGGAAUUAAAGUGGAAAAGCAGGUUUACAAAGGUGUGGGACAUGCAUUUCAGAUUCUGCAUAAUUCUCCACGUUCUCAGCCAAGAACUCAUGAUAUGACGUCUCAUCUCAAGAAUUUUAUCCAUGAUCAUUAUUAACUUAUUAAGGUAUUAAGUUGGAGCAAUAUAUAUAGUUGGACAUGUUGAAUGAUUUUUAAUUAAAUUUAGUCAUGUGGAAAUGUUGUGGAUGCUAUAGCUUAUAGAAUAGA